CGCCAAGCACCAUAUCACACCGAUCUCUCCUGUAAACAUGAAGACCUGCCUCAUCCUCCUCGGCCUUGUAGCAGCCUUUGUGGCUGUUGACUGCGGCGUAAUUGCUGAAACUAAACGGCAACAGCAGGUGUCUGAAGUCAACAUGAUUGAUAGCAUGGUUUACAUAACUGGACGCUUGGAAACGUUGGUGGAGAAUCUCGCUGCUUUGAAACAGGCGGUUGAAGACUUUGGAGGACAUCAGGCGUUGGAGGAGUAUGUCUCCGGUGCUGAACACGAUUUUGAACAAUUUUUCAGGAACCGAGCUGAAUCCGAAGACAACGGAAUAGUCCCCAGUGAUGGCCCACCGGCCCAAUACGGUGGCCAAUGGGCCCGAUCUGGUGGCCACCCAGCCUCCACAGGUGGCCCACCAGCCUCCACAAGUGGCCCACCAGCCUCCACAGGUGGCCCAACCCCUGCCACAGCAGCUUCACCUUCUAUGCGCUCCUUGAAAAAGAUGUUAGCGGAGUUGUUAAAGAUUUCUAAAAAAUAAACACCUUCUACAAGAUUCCUUACACCAGAGGACCCGUGACCAAAGGAACGCCCAUCAACGAACGAAAUAAACAGAUUAUUAUGUGACUUUGAGCUUUUAAACUAGUACAGGACGCCUUGAAGAGUACCUGCUAGUUACACUACUGCCAUAUACAAUAACAGUAUAUGUACUAUGUUUAACAGAUCUUUCAGUCAACCAACAUGACUUCCUUUUUUCUAUUUGUAUCACGCUCAUAAACCUAUCAACUUAUUGCUUUAUGUCGGAUCAUAAAAAUGUUUUCGUAGUUUGUCUUAAUUCUGUUAUAAUAAAAUUUCUUCCAUCAGCAAA